AUGAAGCUCUUCACUCUAAUGUUACCACCAUUUUGGUCAUUAUGUCUUACCCUACUUCUUUUAACUUCAAUAAACUCACUUUUGUUUGACCAACGUACACAUGCCUCAGCAUCGGGAAAUGAAACUGAUCAUUUCACAUUGCUUAAAUUCAAGGAAUCAAUUUCGAACGAUCCACGUGGAAUCCUAGAUUCUUGGAAUAGUUCAAUCCACUUUUGCAUGUGGCAUGGAAUCACAUGCAGCCCCAUGCAACAAAGAGUUACACAGAUGAACUUAGGAGGAUAUCAUUUGUAUGGAGUCAUAUCUCCACUAGUUGGAAAUCUCUCUUUUUUGGAAUAUCUUGAUCUCAGAAACAACAGCUUCUAUGGUAAAAUACCACCACAAUUGGGUCGUUUAGUACAACUUCAACAACUCUAUCUCAACAAUAACUCAUUGGUGGGAGAAAUUCCUGCAAACUUGACAAGUUGCUUUAAUCUUAUAGGCUUACACUUGUCAGGGAACAAUCUGACUGGCAAAAUACCAAAUGAUAUUGGUUCUCUUAGGAAGCUCCAACAAAUUUUCAUCUCAAGCAGCAACUUAACAGGACAAGUCCCACCAUCCAUAGGGAAUCUUUCAUCCCUUACUGAUCUUAAUGUUGGUUCUAAUAGCUUGGAGGGAAAUAUUCCACAAGAAAUGUGCAGAUUGAAAAACUUGAAAACCAUAGCAGUUGGCAUAAACAAUCUAUCUGGUAAUCUUCCUUCUUGUCUUUAUAAUAUGUCGUCUCUCACUCUAAUUUCUGUUGACAUGAACCGAAUUAAUGGCUCACUCUCACCAACCAUGUUUCACACCCUCCCCAAUCUCCAAACACUUUUCAUUGGUGGUAAUCAAAUGUCAGGUCCAAUCCCAACAUCCAUCACAAAUGCAACGACGCUUCAAGCUUUCGAUAUUACUAGAAACCAUUUUGUGGGACAAGUUCCAAGUCUAGGGAAGCUGAAAGAUCUUCAGCUCCUUGGUUUAGCUCAAAACAAUCUAGGUGGCAACUCAACUAAAGAUUUGGAUUUUUUGAAAUCAUUGACAAAUUGUAGUAAGUUGUAUGUGAUAGAUAUCUCCACCAAUAAUUUUGGAGGAUAUUUACCAGAUUCCUUGGGAAAUAUGUCCAGCCAAUUCAAUUACCUAUAUGCUGGGGAUAAUUACAUAUCGGGAAAAUUUCCUGUAACAUUAGGAAAUCUCAUUAAUUUGAUUCUCUUGACCAUGGAAAAUAACCGAUUAGAAGGAACGAUUCCAGCUACUUUUGGGAACUUUCAAAAGAUUCAAGUGUUAGAAUUGAUUGGAAACAAGCUAUCAGGAAAAGUACCAGCCUUCAUUGGCAACUUUAGUCAGUUGUUUCAUUUGGGUUUAGGACACAAUAUGUUUGAAGGAAAUAUUCCUCCAAGCAUAGGAAAUUGCCAAAAGUUACAAUACUUAGACCUUUCACAAAACAACCUUAGGGGAACCAUACCUUCAGAGGUUUUUAGUCUUUCCUCUUUAACAAACUUAUUAGACUUGUCACAAAAUUCGUUGAGUGGUAGUAUACCAGAAGAAGUGGGCAUGGUAAAUAAUAUUAAUACGUUGAAUUUUUCUGAGAAUCAUCUAUCUGGUGAAAUUCCUGAAACCUUUGGAGAAUGCUUAAGCAUGGAGUACCUCUAUUUACAAGGUAAUUCCUUUGAUGGAAUCAUACCAACCUCUUUGGCUUCACUGAAAGGUCUUCAACGUUUAGACCUAUCACGAAACAACUUGUCUGGAUCAAUUCCUAAAAGCCUGCAAAACAUUUCUGUCUUAGAAUACUUGAAUGUUUCUUUUAACAUGUUGGAUGGUGAGGUGCCAACUGAAGGUGUUUUUCAAAAUGCAAGUGAGUUUGCAGUAAAUGGAAACAACAAGCUUUGUGGAGGUAUUUCAAAGCUGCAUUUACCACCAUGCCCUGUCAACGAUAAGAAGCCUACAAAACACCACAGUUUUAGAGUCAUAGCUGUGAUAGUUAGUGUGGUUGGUUUUCUUUUCCUACUGUCAUUCAUUCUAACUAUCUACUGGAUGAAGAAAAGAAACAAGAAAGCACCAUCUGAUUUCCCAACAAUUGACCAUCUAGCUAAAAUUUCAUACAGAAGCCUACAUCUUGGAACUGAUGGGUUUUCAACUAGGAAUUUGAUUGGAUCUGGAGGUUUUGGAUCUGUGUAUAAAGGAACUUUUGGGUCAGAAGAUAGAAUUGUUGCCAUCAAGGUCUUGAACCUUCAUAAAAAAGGAGCUUACAAGAGUUUCAUUGUUGAAUGUAAUGCACUAAAAAAUAUUAGACAUCGCAAUCUAGUUAAGAUUUUAACAUGUUGUUCCAGUACAGAUUACGAAGGCCAAGAAUUUAAAGCUUUAGUUUUUGAGUACAUGAAGAAUGGAAACUUAGAACAAUGGCUUCAUCCAAGGACAGGAAAUGCAGAAAAGGCAAAAAUAUUGUACUUAUUUCAAAGAAUAAAUAUCAUUAUUGAUGUUGCUUCUGCAUUACAUUACCUUCACCAUGAAUGUGAGCCACCAAUUGUUCACUGUGAUUUAAAGCCAAGCAAUGUUCUUCUUGAUGAUAAUCUGGUGGCUCAUGUGAGUGAUUUUGGUUUAGCAAGACUUCUCUCAACCAAUAUUGGUAGCUCUAAGCAAACUAGUACAAUUGGAAUAAAGGGUACAAUUGGUUAUGCUCCACCAGAGUAUGGUUUCGGAUCUGAGAUGUCUACACAAGGUGAUGUGUAUAGCUUUGGCAUUCUUAUGUUGGAAAUGCUUACCGGAAGAAGUCCAACAGAUGAAACAUUUAAAGAUGGUCAAAAUCUGCAUAACUUUGUUGAAGUUGCAUUUCCUGAUAAUCUUUUACAGAUUUUGGACCCAUCUCUUGUACCAUUAGAGACAGAAGAUGCAACCGAAGAAGAUGUUGAGAAGUGCUUGGUUUCACUUUUUCAGAUAGGACUUGCUUGCUCGAUGGAAUCACCAAAAAAUAGGAUGAGUAUGAUGAAUGCAAUUAGACAACUAAAUAUAAUCAGAAAGGCCUUCCACACUGAAGAACAAUAUAGAGGUGUUGAAUCAUGUGAAGAAUUCAAAAUGAAAUCUGUUGUGAAUAGCAGUGUUGAAAGGGAUGAAAAAGGAGACAAGUCAAUGGCCGAGAUGGACACAAGAAAUAAAAGUGAACAUUUUAGCACUACAGACUCGGAAGAAGAAAUUAUAACAAUAGAGUGA